AGUGAAGGCAAACGGGACACGCUGACACUGGACUAAUGUAACAGGAGACUCAGCGCGCGCCUUGUUUACGCGCGCGUGCAGCACGUGCGAGCGAGCUGAUUUCAAACUUUCGAAAAAAAAUAUCUUCAACCGUCAAAUUUUAACCGUCGACCAUCAGAGUUCGUAAGAUACCAUGGCUACAGAAAAUUGUCUGAGCAGUUUGCAGAUGAACAGGAUGUACAAUGAAAAGCUGGUAAGACCCAGAGUGCAGUUGCAUGCCCUGUUAAAAGAUGCAGGUGCAGAUAAGGAUGUUUUCACCAUGAAGGAGGUUAUGUUCUACCUGGGCGAGUACAUCAUGAGCAAGGAGUUAUACGACAAGCAGCAGCAGCACAUUGUGCACUGUGGAAACAACGCUCUCGGUGCUGUGUUCGGAGUGGCCAGCUUCUCCGUCAAAGAACCACAAGCUUUGUAUGCAAUGAUUUCUAAACAUCUCAUAGCAGUGCAAAUUCCAGAGUUUCAGUCAACAUUUAGAGAAGGUAGCGCUCUAAGUGAAGCUGACCGAGGGCCAGAGGAGACAAACCCACGAUCAUCUACCUCCACACAACAGCUGCAACAGCGCGGGAGACUGCGGAGCAGUGAUCCCAUGAGUCUCUCAGUUGAGGAAUCCAGUGAGCCUAGGAAGAGGCACAAGUCUGACAGCAUCUCCCUGACAUUUGACGACAGCCUGUCAUGCCUGCAAAGAGAGAGAGGGAGCAGUGAGCCUUCAGUAUCACACAGCAAUUCGGACAUAGAUAGAUCUCCUAGUGAUGAGGGUGAUGAGAGUGAUGAUUCAGUGAGUGAUAAAUUCAGUGUGGAGUUUGAGGUGGAGUCUAUCGAAUCUGACACCUACAGCGAGAACGAUGAAGACUCAAUACCGGGGGAAGAUCUCAAGGUCUAUGAUGCAGAGGAUGAGGCCUCUUUUGAUGAAGAUACAGAGAUCACUGAGGAGCCCUCCACCUCCUCCAGCCAGGAGAAAACGCCUGAGCUGGAGCGCACCACCAGCUUAAACAGCACCAUGUCAUGCUUGCCUGCAUACUGCCUGGAGCCCUGUGUCAUCUGCCAGAGCAGACCUAAGAACGGCUGCAUCGUCCACAGACGCACUGGACACCUCAUGGCCUGCUACAUCUGCGCCAAGAAGCUUAAAAAGCACAACAAGCUCUGCCCCGUGUGCAGGGAGCCCAUUCAGUCCGUUGUCCUCACCUACGUCAGCUAGGGGGAAACGGAUACGCACACAGUUAAUUUACCUCACUGUUCUUUAGCACAUUUAAUACCGUACAUAGCGUGUUGCAAUACCCUAUGCCCACAUGCAAGUAACUGUUCCUUUUUUCAUAUGUACGAGCCCCAAUUUCAGCAACAUUUAAAUUGAGAUUUUCCCAGUUCUAUGCUGUAAUGCAACAAGCUUAAAUGAUUGUCUGGACUGUUUCCUUGACUCAUUCCUGUGGCACGUUCAGUCCAACAUUUCUUCAACUUCAGUUCUUACUUGCAGUUAGUUCCCGUGCACUGUUUGAUGCACUAAAAUUUAAGAAAAACUUAUAAACAUGUUUUCAUCAUUACUUAUAUUGAAAUAAAGCAAGCAAAAAUUGCUUUUUUUGUUUUGUAAUGAAAAAAAAUGUUAGUAUUGUUUACAAGUGAUCUGUUUAAAUAAAGUUUAAAUGUGUGUGGGCAUGUAAUA